GCGGUCGUGAGAAGUCUCCAGGCCAGUUGUGAAUAAUUCUAUAUUCUCUGGCGUCCAAGAUGGUCUUUGAACUUCUAGGAGUUUGUUGUUUUUGUUGCAGGAGAGAGGAGGGGGCAUGGAUGGUCUAUGGAUGGCCACACGUCCGAUCGCCGAAGUCGACCCUGGUCGCCCUCCGACCCGACCCAUUCGGAGGACUUGGGUUUCUGGAAGAUGUGCAACGAACACUCCGUCCGCGCGAGUUCCUCGUGGUCCAGACAUCGCGAUGAGCGAGGCUGCCUCUGCGCUGGGAGUGCCUGAAGCUGGACCCUGGGCCCAAGAGAUGGCUACGCUCUUCAGCUCCUGCCAGCGCCUGGCGGAGCACGCGCGGAACACCUACGCCGAGGCCCAAAGGCGACGGUCCAGUCGCUCCAGCGCCACGGUCGACCGUUGGCGCCGGGCGCCCUAUCGGUGCAUCGCCGAGAAGGUGGAGGAAGAAGAGGUUGGGCCAGCGCCGCUGCAGAUUGGCCCGGUGCUUUGUGAAGGUUUGGAUGAGGCGGUCCGCCGCCUCGUCGAGCCGCCGCCCGCGCCGCGGGGCGCGGCGGCGCGGCCGGCCUCCCGGCCGGAGAUGCAAGGGAAGAUGCAGCAACCACCAAGUGUGGAGCUGGAGGCAGAACAAGGCCUCCCAGACCCCGGACCCGCUCUCACGGCCGAAGACCUCGCAGGAACGACGACCUUGGUCGGCAAGGCCAGGGAGUCCGUGUUCUUCUCGACCUGGUUCGACGCAUCCGUCCUCUCCGACAUUCUCCGACCCUUGGAAAGCAUCACCAAGUCCGGAGCGCUGGAAAAGGGUAUGUUCUCCAUUUGCCACACGUGCCCCAAAGAUCCUCAAGCCUGGACCUCCUACGCAAGGUACAAAGAAAAGGGUUCAUUUCUACCUUGGCUGACGCAGAGGGUGCAGAUUCCCAUGGAUGACUGGAGUGACUGCGCAGCCGGCUGCGCGCGCGCUGCGAUGCCCGACGUUUGGACGCCCAACUCCCGCAACGCGUGCUCUGACAUCGUUGGUGCAGUUGCAGUCGACGCCCCUCAAGAGGCCUACAGUGCGAGCUGCCUGGCGGGCGAGAAUACGCCCCCGAUGCUUCAAGCGAUGGCAGUGAACCCGGGCAACCAGCAUUUGCUGCUCACGGCGGUGGAUGAGGAUGGCAAGCCUGCUCCCACUGCAGAGGCCCCGCCCCUGUGGGCUGUGGCGAACAUCGGCGUGUCCUCCGCCAAUGAACUCCACAAGGGACGUGGAGAUGUGGUGGUGCCCUACAGCGGGCCCAACAUCCAAGAUGACUUCAUCCACCGGAUCUUCUUCCGAGUCUACGAGCAGCCCUACCGCGUACCUCAGCACUUGCUUCGGCGGAAAGAUGUCGGAGUUCCUUCUGACGGCCGUCCGGAAGCGGCCCAAUGUGGCGACGGCAGGUUUGCCUGCUUUCCCUCCUGGCGAACUCCCGCGCAGCUUCGCUGCCCCAACCACGUCUUCGGGCGCGGGCCAGCGUGGACGCCGUACCGCGGCGAGGAGAGGCUGGGCCAGAUUUCUCGAAGCGUCUCCGACGAUGAGUCCGAAUGA